AUGACUCAUAGGAAAAAGCCAGCAAAGCACCUCAUCGGUCGCCUGCACACAAAUUGUAGGCCAAUUUUUCAGUUUCUUUAUCUGGUGGAGCUGAUACUACAGACUACGACCAUAUCUAGCAUGUUAGCCAGAAGUACUAGGAUAUGGCAGAUGGCCAGCAUGAGGAGGCUCCAUGCGAGUUCGCUUGCGAUGGAAGCCGUUAUUGUUUCGGGCACAAAAUUAGCUCGCACAAUUAAGCUGCAAGUGGCCCAAAAGGUGAUUGAACUCAAUCGUGAAAGCGGUCUCACUGACUUACCUAUCGCCAACAACGAAGUUUCCUUCGAGCAGCUCCGCUUCAAGCCCCAGUUGACCAUCAUCCAGGUGGGCGACCGCCCGGAUUCUUCGGCAUACGUUCGUUCUAAGCUUAAAGCGGCCCGUUCGGCUAACAUUGAAUCGCGCUUGUUGAAGUUCGGGUCGGACAUGUCUGAAGAGGCGUUACUCGAGGAGGUGGACCGUCUCAACAAAGACCCCAAAGUGCACGGUCUUUUGAUCCAGCUCCCGUUGCCUAAACACAUUGACGAGACACGUGUGACAAAUGCUGUGGCUACAGAAAAGGAUGUGGACGGCUUUGACCGUUACAAUGCUGGUGAGCUUUCGAAGCGUGGUGGCCAGCCCAUGUUUAAACCAUGUACACCAAACGGUAUCCUCGAAUUGAUCCGCAACACAGGCAUUGAGAUGCGCGGCCGUCACGCCGUUGUCAUUGGACGUUCGGACAUUGUUGGUACACCCGUCGCAGCCAUGUUGCGGAAUGCUGAUUGUACUGUCACCAUCUGCCAUCGCUACACUAAGGAUUUGCCCAAGUACAUCGCGGACGCUGAUAUUGUCGUUGCUGCUGUGGGAAUUCCUGAAUUCAUUCGUGGCGAGUGGUUGAAAGAGGGCGCGGUUGUGAUCGAUGUGGGCAUCAAUUACAAGGAGGAUGCCUCAGCAAAGAAUGGCCGUAAGCUUGUGGGUGAUGUUGACUAUGAAUCAGCCGUGCACAAGGCAUCGUACAUUACACCUGUUCCUGGUGGAGUUGGCCCCAUGACUGUGGCCAUGCUCUGUUCCAACGUGUACGACGCCGCAGUGGCUCUGCAAAAACGCGCCCACUCGCACGAAUUCAAGCCAUUGCCUCUCACGCCUCAGCGCCCCGUUCCUCUGGAUAUUGCCAUUUCGCGCGCGCAGGCGCCAAAGAAAAUCUCGCGCGUGGCGCAGGAACUUGGUCUUUUGGAGCGCGAGCUCGAGCCUUAUGGUCACUUCAAGGCCAAAGUAGACCCUAAACGCGUGCAAGAGCGCCUUGCUGAAGAUGCCGAGGGUGAUGUGUCCCAGCGUGGCCACUAUGUUUUGGUUGCAGGCAUCACGCCUACCCCAUUGGGAGAAGGUAAGUCUACCACUACUAUCGGUUUGACCCAGGCUCUUGGUGCCCAUUUGGGCCACAACUCCAUUGCCAACGUUCGUCAACCGUCUAUGGGCCCAACUUUUGGCGUGAAGGGAGGUGCGGCCGGUGGUGGUUAUGCCCAAGUUAUUCCUAUGGAUGAAUUCAAUAUGCAUUUGACCGGAGACAUUCACGCCAUUUCUGCUGCUCAGAACUUAUUAUGUGCUGCAGUUGACACACGUAUGUUCCAUGAACACACAUCCAAAACAAUCAAGGGUUUCUACAAACGGUUGGUUCCAUCUAAGAACGGCGUUCGCCAAUUCACUCGCCAAAUGACUGCACGCUUGCGUCGCUUGGGUAUUGAUAAGUCUGACCCAGACAGUCUUACUGACGAAGAAAUUGAGCGUUUUGCCAAACUCGACAUCGAUCCCGAUUCGGUGACCAUCAAGCGUGUUGUUGAUUGCAACGAUCGCUUUGUUCGUGAAAUCACCAUUGGCCAGGGCAAGAAUGAGGCUAGCAAGUAUCCACCUCGUCAGACCGGAUUUGACAUUACUGUUGCAUCUGAAAUCAUGGCUAUUUUGGCUUUGUCAACCUCACUCUCAGACUUGCGUGAGCGCGUCGGACGCAUUGUGGUUGGAACGCAGCGUCAUACUGGUGCUGCCAUCACCGCCGAAGACAUUGGCUGCGCUGGCGCCAUUACUGCGUUAUUGAAAGAUGCCGUGAAACCAACUUUGAUGCAAACUUUGGAAGGUACGCCAGUUUUUGUUCAUGCUGGUCCAUUUGCUAACAUUUCUAUUGGCGCAUCGUCGGUCAUUGCCGAUCGUUUGGCGUUGCAGUUGACAUCACCAGCUAACCCUACUAACAACGGUCGCAAGGGUUUCGUUGUGACUGAGGCUGGGUUUGAUUUCACCAUGGGUGGUGAGCGUUUCUUUAACAUCAAGUGUCGUGCCCUGGGUGUCUCUCCAGAUGCUGUUGUGCUUGUGGCCACUUCACGUGCCCUCAAGUUGCACGGUGGUGCACCUGAUGUUAAACCAGGACAGGAAUUGCCAAGUGAGUACACCUCCGAGAAUUUGGACUAUUUACGUCGUGGAUGUGCCAACUUGGCCAAGCAAAUUGCCAACAUUAAGCAGUACAACGUACCUGUUGUGGUCGCAAUCAACGAGUUUGAGACCGAUACGAAGGCUGAACUUCGCUUGAUCGAAGAAGAGGCUCUUGCUGCAGGCGCUGAUUAUGCUGUUCCAUCGAAUCACUGGGCACAAGGUGGUAGCGGAGCCUUGCGUUUGGCAGAAGCUGUUACUCAGGCUGUUGCCAGAGAAGAAGACGAUGAGCCAGUGAAGCAAACGUUUUUGUACUCGGUGGAGGAGUCUGUCGAGGCCAAGUUAUUGGCCAUUGCACAGAAAAUGUACGGUGCAGCCGCCAUUGAAUUGUCGCCUUUGGCCAAGGAACAGAUUGCCACUUACACACAACAGGGAUUUGACAAGUUGCCCAUUUGCAUUGCAAAGACCCAGUACUCAUUGUCGCACGAUCCAGCGUUGAAGGGUGUUCCAACUGGUUUCACUGUGCCUAUUCGUGAGGUUCGUUGCAGUGCUGGUGCAGGGUACUUGUAUGCGUUGGCGGCAGAAAUCAUGACGAUUCCGGGAUUGCCUACCCAUGCUGGAUACAUGAAUGUGGAGGUGAAUGACGAUGGUGAGAUAGAAGGCUUGUUUUAA